CUUCUUCUCCCUGCACCAAACAAGAAGACCCAAGCCGAUCCACACCUCCCCUUGGAAGAAACCGAAUCCCGGAUCUGCUCUGCUCCUUCCUUCUUCACCGCCGGCUGCUCUUGAUUGUGGGUGAUUUCUGGGCAUUUUUUUCGCCCCGUGAGAGUCCCCUGUAGAUUGCCGCCGGAUUCUUCUCCCCCACAGCUCCGGUUUCUGCAGUUGGAAAAUUCUGGUAUGUUGACAGCCCUCCAAGCCCCGAAUUUGUCCAUUUAUUUGCUGCCUUGUGUGUCCAAAAAUCUGCAGAAAAUGGGGAUGAAUUUCGGUAGCUUAAGUUAUGUUUUAAGCUUGGUUUAGGUAGAGAAAUUAGCUUGAUUAUGGCUGCUAUGAUUUUUGGAGAAAAACCCGUGAUUAGCUAGUGUUUGGCCAAUUUUUGGAAGUGCAGUUACUGUUCACGUCGUGGUUACUGUUCACGGAUACUGUUUAUGAUACUGUUCACAUAUUACUAUUCAUGCACUAAUGGCCAACAAUUAACGGGGAUUUAAAUGAUUAGUUUGUGAUAUAAGAACGAAUUUGGAGAUAUUUGAUAAUUUGGAGACUGAUAGAAAUAGCAUCGUGAUUAUGGGUAGUUCUAAUGACGAUUUCACUUGAAUUUGUGAUAGUAUAGAAUUAAUUCUUGGAUAUUUUGAUUAGGUUCCCGAUCGUUCUGUCAAUUAGCACUGAGAUCGAGUCUUCAGUUUUGUGCGAGUGAGGUAAGUAAAUUUAUGGUAAUGCCCGUAUAGUUUUUAAAAGCAUGUUUUGAUUUAUUUUUGAAGUGGUGGCGAGACUAAACCCGUUUUAUGCAAAAGUAGGUAUGAUUGAUUUGAAAUAAAUUUUUAUGCUUUUCAUUGAAUUGAGCAUGCCUACUUGAAAUUUAAUUGAUUGUCCUGAUGAUUUGAAAAUGAUUGGUGAAUUAUGAUUUUUCUAUUAACUUCUACCUGUUUUGUCUCCGAUGUGGUUAUGUUAUUAAUGAUCCUGUUAGUGGGGGUUAAAUGCUAGCACAUGUCGACAUGUUACUGAUAGAACCGGUUUGUUUCUGUUACCCUGCUAGUGGGGAUUAUACACCAGCAAAUACUGUAGCCUGCCAAUGGGAGGUUUAUAACACUAGCCGUGACCUAUAGAGGAGACAUCUAUUUCGUUCCCACACUGUAAUCGUUUUUUGUGAUUAUACUUGUUGGCAUGCUAUACGUUUAAUUAAGGGCAAUCCAUAUU